AUAUGAUCGGCGUGGAGAGGUUGGCAUGAACGUCCCGCCCUAACAGAAGUUCACGGCCGCUCUUCCAUCUCCGCAAUCACCUGAGGUACCUUAGGUAGCUUCCCCUGUCCCCGUCAGCCGUGUUUCUCCCACGGGCAUGGACUACGCAAUGCUGCUGUUGAUAAAAUGACUCUAUUUAUUUAUUGGCUCCGGCGGCUCUAUUCACUUGACACUCUCGAUACCCGUUUCACUGCCUCAGCGGACACUCCCUCCAGAGUUGCUGGAGACGCACGACCUCCCUCCGAGAAAGAUGCCCGCGCAAAUGCAAUUGCACACGGUGCUUCGCCAUCUAAAUGGCGUACGCCCGAAUUUUACUUCUACUAUUUCGUCCACCUCACUGUCGUGCCGAUGAUGUUCAAAACGGCGAUGGAUGUCUCGCAGGAGAGCUUUCCCACUUAUCCAACUUACUCGAAUUUGUUAUCGCCAGGCUGGAUUCCAGGCCGUAAAGUGGAUAACUCUGAUGCGCAGUACGCGAGCUUCCGCGAUAAUAUCCCAUACCUUCUUGUCCUGCUAGUUGCCCACCCAUUACUCCGUCGUGUAUAUGACGCCUUUAUAACUCCUUCGAAUGCAAAGGUUCCUACAAAACCUGGAACCUCGUCUUCGGCUGCCGUUGGAGAUGCUCGUCUCGAACGGCGGACGCAGUUCGACUUCUACUUUGCUCUUGUGUUUAUUGCAGCUCUCCAUGGGCUAUCUGCGCUGAAGGUCCUAUCCAUUCUGUACAUCAACUAUAAAAUCGCCAAGGGUCUGCCUCGAUCUUAUAUUCCAGCAGCUACAUGGGUGUUCAAUAUCGGUGUCUUGUUCGCGAAUGAGCUCUGUGGGGGUUACCCAUUCGAACGCAUAGCGGCCCAUUUUGCGCCUGCAAUAGGUGACACCGGGAAAGAAGCCGGUGUUAUCAUGUGGGGUCGCUGGCUCGAUAGUAUUGGUGGUCUCAUGCCUAGAUGGGAGAUUCUCUUCAGCAUUACAGUGCUCCGACUAAUCAGCUUCAAUAUGGAUUACUACUGGAGUCUUGACUACCCAGCUGCCAGUGAAAUCGAGGUAAGGUCUACAGCACCAGUUGUUCAAAUAAUCACCGUUUCUAACAGCCACAAGAAGAAGCAACUCGACCCUGCAGCGUUGUCGGAUCGUGACCGCGUCAGAAUCCCAGCAGAACCAUCUACGUAUAACGGCCGCAACUAUAUCGCCUACCUCCUCUAUUCUCCUCUUUAUCUGACCGGACCCAUCCUGACUUUCAACGACUACAUCUCCCAGCAAAGAUAUGCAGCGAAGUCCAUUACGACUAUCCGCACUCUGCUAUACGGCAUCCGCUUCUUUCUCAUCUUGCUCUGCAUGGAGCUCAUCCUCCAUUACAUUUACGCCGUAGCCAUCUCCAAGGCAUCCCCAGACUGGUCCAAGUACACACCGGGUCAACUCAGCAUGCUCGCCUACUUCAACCUUCACAUAAUCUGGCUGAAACUCCUGAUCCCUUGGCGCUUCUUCCGCCUCUGGGCUCUGGUCGACGGAAUUGAUCCCCCCGAAAAUAUGAUCCGCUGCAUGUCCGACAAUUACUCAGCCUUUGCCUUCUGGCGCGCCUGGCACCGCUCCUUUAAUCGCUGGAUCGUCCGCUACCUGUAUGUUCCCUUGGGCGGGGGCGGGGGUGGACGUCACUCUAGCAGCAGAGGCAGUGGUAGUAGUAGUAAACCUGCCGCUCCAGUUUUCAACCUCCUCUCCAAGGCACGUCGAGUCUUGAAUACCCUGGCCGUAUUUACCUUCGUCGCCCUUUGGCACGACAUCAAUCUCCGCCUGCUCAUGUGGGGCUGGCUUAUCACACUCUUUGUCCUGCCCGAAGUCAUCGCGACGCUUCUCUUCCCUCCCUCCCGCUGGCGCUCUCGACCCACUGCGUGUCGCGUUCUUUGCGGAAUCGGUGCCGUCGGCAACAUCCUUAUGAUGAUGAUGGCUAACCUGGUGGGAUUUGCUCUCGGAUUGGAUGGGUUGAAGGGGCUCCUGGAUGGCAUUUUCGGGUCGUACUCCGGCAUAGCGUAUAUGGUUGGUGCCUGUUCGGCAUUAUUUGUGGGUGUUCAGAUUAUGUUUGAGGUUAGGGAGGGAGAGUUAAGGGCUGGUAUUAAUUUAAAGUGUUAAGUUGGUUGUUGAUAGAGUCGUUUUUAUGUAAUAUAAACAUUACUAGUACAAUUAAUU